AUGUUACGCGCUAUAGCUGCUAAGCGAAAAACGACUUCGACCACUUCAAAGGCAGCCCUGUCGAAGAGGCCGAGGACUUCUGACAAAGGUAAUGAUGACGCAUCUACGGACUGUGCGCAAGUAUCGGAUAGCACAAACGACAAACCCUCAGCAACGAAGAUAGUAAUAAAGGGUAAGGUGCCCGUCGAUCCGCAGUGCACAAUGAAGGCAGAAACUGCACACGUCCUGCAGGAGAAUGAUGUGGUGUACAAUUUCAUGCUAAAUCAGACGAAUGUGCAGCACAAUAAUAACAAGUACUACCUGGGCCAAGUUUUGGAGGAUGACAUAGGCGGUGCAUGUGCUGUGUGGUUUCGAUGGGGUCGAGUGGGCAAGACGGCGCAGACGUCUCUGCAGCCCUAUGCCUCAAAGGCGAAUGCAAUCUCGGUGUUUGAGAAGAAGUUCCGUUGCAAAACUGGCAAUUGCUGGAAGGAUCGUGCCAAUUUCACCAAAAUGAGUGGUCUCUAUGAUCUAAUUGAGCAGGACUUCGGGGAGCUGAUCCUGCUCAUUAGUGAUGUGAGUGUGAUGGAGCACCAGAUGCGUGAGAUGAACUAUGAUGCGAGUCGGGCGCCAUUGGGGAAACUGACGCCGGGACAAAUAAAGGCGGGUUAUGAGGCACUGAAGACGGUCUCCGAUUGCAUUGAGGAGUUGGAGAAGUGUACCGCGUCGUCUGGUACCAAUGCGAAGGCGAAACGCGGCGCCAAACGUGCUGCCUGCAAAGGUGGGAGUGAGCGGGAGCUGCGCGACCGUCUGCUGCAGGCCUGCAACACCUUCUACACGCGUAUUCCGCAUAACUUCGGUAUGCGAGUUCCUCCACUGAUCUCGACACCAGAGGCGCUGAAAACUGAGUUGGACCUUCUGAAGGCGCUGGAAGACAUCGAGGCGGCUUUCAGCAUUAUCAAGCAGGAAGGCAAGACAGUAGAUAUGCACCCUGCGGAUAGGAACUACAGUAAUCUGAAGUGCAAUAUCAAACCGAUUCCUAGUGGAGACAGGAUGGAAAAGGUUAUCAAAGACUAUGUAGAUAUGACCCAUGCUCCAACACACGAUGUUUACAAGUUAGAAGUCCUGCAGACCUUUGAGCUGGAGAAGAGUGGAGAGGCGGAGGCCUUCUGCGACUACGGCACGAGGCGCCUCCUGUGGCACGGAAGCCGCAUAACCAAUUGGAUGGGAAUCUUAGGCCGUGGUCUAAAGAUAGCACCCCGUGAGGCGCCCUGCACAGGCUACAUGUUUGGCAAGGGCGUCUACUUCGCCGACUGCGCCUCCAAGUCCGCCAAUUACGCCUACCCUACUUCCAAUGAUUGCGUUGGCAUUAUGGCUCUCUGCGAGGUAGGUCUCGGCUCUCCUCGCUUCUUAAAUAUUGUAAAAUAA